AUGGUCCUUCUAAAGAAGAAGCUCCUUCUAAGAAAGCCCCUUCUAAAAAGGCUCCUAAGAAAGCCCCUUCUAAAAAGGCUCCUAAGAAAGCCCCUUCUAAAAAGGCUCCUAAAAAAGCUCCUAAAAAAUGUUCCUAAAAAACGCUCCCUCUAA